AUACAGCCACCCACAAAGCAAAGCACAGCAAGCAGAGCCCACUUAAACCUGCCUUCAACCCCGCUCUGUGUUUGAGGCAGAUGAGCUAAGAAAGAAACCAGUGUCUUGAGGUCAGUGACUCCACUGGUAUGAAAUGUCCACGAAAAAUUUAAAGAGAAAACACCAUCAAAUAAGGCCCAGAUGGCUUCAGUGGUUGAAUUCUACCAAACACUAAAUGAAGAAAUAAAAACAGUAAUACACUUCCAGAAAAUUGAGAAAGAAAAAAAAAAAGGACUAUUACUUAACUUACUCUAUGAUUCCAACACUACUUGGACCCUGAAACCAGGUCGCAGCUGACGAAGUGCACGUGGUGUGAAGUGCAAGGACUGGAUCCCAGCUUGAGCCCCUGGCUCCCCACCUGUGGGGGUGGGGGUCCCCUCAUGGGCUGUGAAGGAGCAGUGGAUUCCCAGUGCAGGCACCGAGCCCCAGCGAUAACCCUGGAGACAAAAAGAGACACUUGGAGAAAAUAUCUGGAGCACCUGUCCCUGGCAGUGCACAGGGACGGCCAGGAGAUGAGCGCAUCUCUGAAUUACAAGUCUUUCUCCAAAGAGCAGCAGACGAUGGAUAACUUGGAGAAGCAGCUCAUCUGUCCCAUCUGCCUGGAGAUGUUCACGAAGCCUGUGGUCAUUCUCCCUUGUCAGCACAACCUGUGCAGGAAAUGUGCCAGUGACAUUUUCCAGGCCUCUAAUCCAUAUUUGCCCACAAGAGGAGGCAGCACUGUGGCAUCGGGGGGCCGAUUCCGUUGCCCGUCCUGUAGACAUGAAGUAGUUUUGGACAGACAUGGGAUAUAUGGACUUCAGAGAAACCUGUUGGUGGAAAAUAUCAUUGACAUCUACAAGCAGGAGUCCGCCAGACCAGAAAAGAAGUCAGACCAACCCAUGUGUGAGGAACAUGAAGAGGAACGCAUCAACAUCUACUGUCUGAACUGUGAAGUGCCCACCUGCUCUUUGUGCAAGGUCUUUGGGGCACACAAGGAUUGCCAGGUGGCUCCCCUUACUCAUGUGUUCCAGAGACAGAAGUCUGAGCUCAGUGAUGGCAUUGCUGUCCUUGUGGGAAAUAAUGAUCGAGUGCAAGGAGUGAUCAACCAGCUGGAGGACACUUGUAGAACCAUUGAGGAAUGUUGCAGAAAACAGAAACAGGAGCUGUGUGAGAAGUUUGAUUACCUGUAUGGCAUCCUGGAGGAGAGAAAGAAUGAAAUGACCCAAGUGAUUACUAGGACCCAAGAGGAGAAACUGGAGCAUGUCCGUACUCUGAUCAAGAAAUAUUCUGAUCAUUUGGAAAAUGUAUCAAAGUUGGUUGAGUCAGGAAUCCAGUUCAUGGAUGAGCCAGAAAUGGCAGUGUUUCUGCAGAAUGCCAAAACCCUGUUACAAAAAAUUUCUGAAGCAUCGAAGGCAUUUCAGAUGGACAAAAUAGAACAUGGUUAUGAGAUCAUGAACCACUUCACAGUCAACCUCAAUAGAGAAGAAAAAAUAAUACGUGAAAUUGAUUUUUACAGAGAAGAUGAAGAUGAGGAAGAAGAAGGAGAAACUGAAGAAGGAGAAGAAGGAGUGGAAAUAGAAGAGGUAGAAAAUGUUCGGACAGAGUCAUCAGGAGAAGAUGAAAGUCCAGAAGCCUUGGAGUCCUCUCAGCUGGCCUCAGAGGUCCAGGCUACCUCCGAGGAACUUCUAGUUUCCUCUCCAGAGUCGCUUCUCGUUGUGCCACCUGUAGCAGAUGUCCCAGUGACUCAGGGGGAGGUUGUGCCCACUGACUCUCAGCAGACUACAGAGUCUGAAACUCCAGCCUCUGCAACAACGGACACUGAGGAUCCCUUGUUUUACCCUAGUUGGUAUAAAGGCCAAACCCGGAAACCCACCACCAACCCACCUUUCACCCCAGGGAGUGAAGGUCUGGGGCACAUAGGGCCUCCAGGUUCUGAGGAUGCGCAUGUGCAGAAGGCAGAAGUGGCAGAAGCCGCAGCCAAUAAGAGGGCAACAGUGAGUGGUAAGGAAACUAGUUCAUCUGCAGCUACUUCUCAGACUGGAUCUGAGCAUCCGUUACUCCAGGGACAGGUGGCAGCUUCAGGGAGUGGAAAUACAGGUGAUUCUGAGCUAGCGCAUCACGUCUUCUCCUUUUCUUGGCUGAACUCUCUGAAUGAAUGAAGUUCCUUCCAACUGCUGUCCCUCUAUCUGCCUGUCUGUGUUGCAAACAAGCUGCAGGGAACCUAAGUGGACUUAGAAUGAUGCAGAUGAUGAAAGGAGAAUCUCAACAGGAUUUCUGCAAGAUACAUAAGAAAUUGUAAUUCCAGAUGAUGUAUCUGCGGCAUUGAAACGAAACAAUACUUUGAGAAAAUGGUUGCAGAAAGUAUUGGAAAAGAGACAUUUGAUGUUAUGCCUUGGAAACACUAUGAAGGAUGUGUGGGUGACAUUGUUAUGUGUGGUAUGUGUGGGUAAGUAACAAGUGAUGGAAAAAAAAACAGUGGGCACUAACUACCCUCAUAUAUAAUAGGCACUGGCUUUAUAUUAUUCUUUCAUUGUAACUCUUAUUCUUUUUCCUUGCUAACAAUGCAAGUGCUCAGUGAAGUUCAGUAUUUAUGUAGAAAUGACUGAUUUGUAAAUCCAUGGACAAAUGGUAUGUCAUUGACCAAAGUUAUGAAAUGUUUCAAGGCUUUCUGCCUCUCCAUAACAGAUGUUUCUGGAUGUGUAUCCAGAAAUGUUCUUGGACUCUUAUUACAAUUUAGUAGUACAGCAGAUUUCAGGCCCAGGACAGUCUUGU